AUGACUCAACUCGAUUCUGACUUCAAUCCUGUAGCUCAUUCGGCUCAGGACAGCGCAUCGAACCGACUGCUUGAAAGAGAUGGGCAACAAAAUCAUAUCAGCGAACCGACUCGAACCAGCGCAUCUCGUCCCCAAUCUCACACCAACGGUAGCUUCGUCUAUUCGGAUGCCACGGAGACACAUGGGCUGCCGUCUGAAGAGAUUGUCAAUCAGCCUUCGAUGCAGAAAGGUGCCAGAAGCGGCUAUUUCCCAGCGAAUGCGCAUGACCCUGUGGAAUGGAAAGGUAACGCAUGGUACGCUUUGACUUGGGAAUUUUUGGGGAUAGCCGUAGCGAUAUGCUUCCUCGUCCUCGGCGCUUUCGUCGUACAUCUCAAAGACCAGCAGGAAAGUGCCUGGUCGAUUCGAGUUAUUCAGGCUACAAGACUUGCACCAUCAUUAUGGCCUAUACUCUUUUCUGGCGUACUGGGAAAUGCGAUUCGCGCGUUAGCUGACUGGCGCGUUGAGCGUGGUGUCGAUCUACUGACCUUGGAACAGUUGAUGAGCUCCUUAACGCUUGCUGGCUCCCUCAUCGCGAUCUUCAAAUGGUCAAUAUUGAGACUCUCGUCUAUUGCUCUAAUCUUGCUGUGGGCUUUCAACCCCCUCGGAUCUCAGUCUUCGUUUCGAGGAAUCUACUUGAGGGAUCAAGAAGGAUUUGGAACCGGAAACAUCGCGUACUAUAACCACAAUCUGAGCAGCCAGCUAGGAUUCAAUUCGAUCAUCCCUGGUAGUACACGUACCAGACCGAAGCUUCGCGCAUUAUACUCUGCGGCUCUCUACAACAUCGCAUCCGCCACUCAGUAUGUGGAUAAGACAAACACGACGUACCAAGACAUCGCUUUGAUGCUCGGAGGGGAAGCCUCGGCUGGUGUACAAGCAGCCACUGACCCCUGGGGAAAUAUACGCAUGCCAAACCUGCAAGCUCUACCCGGUUAUGACUCGAAAGACCCGCAUCGCUGGGUAGAUGUACCUUGGCAGGAUGCAGUCCAGAACUACUCCAGCCUUGUUGGUGACCGAAUUGAGGGUAUCAAUCGGAACUUCACCGGUAACACUACCUUCAACGCAACCUCGAGCUACCAGGUAUUCUCGUGCUCUCCAUGGGUACACCUCAAAGACGAGAACGAGACAACCCUAUGGGUGAACAGCAACCUCCAGAUGAAUUACUCGGAAUUGAUAAAUCCUACCGCUGGGAGACCAGCGAACAUAAUAAGGACGUUCUUUGUGGCUUCCACCGAGGACCGAGCAACCAACUUAUCUACGACGUCAAGUCAAGAUCAUCCACAGCUCAUAUUCGGUACCAAAGGCGACAAACCCAACUACGUGUCCAUCACAAAAUGCUCAACAAAAAUGACUUAUAUUGACGCCCAGAUAUUUUGCACGUCGAAAGGUACUCUAGGAAAGGCCAGCUGCGGCGUCAACUCCGUUCGAGCGAUGCUCAAUCCUACCGACUCUGUCAACCUUACUUUCCUGGAAUCCGGGCGCCUCUAUUAUCCAAACUCGACAGUCAACCACGAUCCAGGUGUCCCCGAGGUAUUCAUGGGGAACUUUAUGGACCUGCUCAACGACAAGCAAUCUGGAAGUGGUGCGUCGAGUAUAGUAGAAUGGUACAUCAAAGAUCCGCUUACCGCACUCAAUAACCCCGCCACGAUCGCUUAUGCAGACUUGGGCGAACUCGAUAUCAUGAUGUUUGAGCAACGUCUUGCACUGCUGUGGAAUACGCUCUGGAAGAUCGGCUAUGAACAUGCAUCCAUCAUGGGCGGCGAUCUGACACGCUCGCCGUUCCUCGAUACGUUGCUCAAUACCACGUCCACUACUACGUUUCCGUUGCCCGCUAUCUACGCAUUGGAUAUCCCAUGGAUCAUACUCUAUUUCGUCUCCGUGGCAAUCAUGUUCUUUGCAGCGGUCUUUUCUUUGGUAAUGCAUCACCAGUGUCAUGCACCCUCAAUUCUGGGCUAUGUUAGUAGUCUAAUUAGAGACUCGAAGUACUUUAAUGAAAGCGAGGUUCAAGGCAACAGUGCGGAAGACGGAACGGGGAAGACGAAGCGACUGGGAUACUUGAAGGUUAUGCUUGCGGACACCAAAUCGGAUGAAGACGUGGGUAAGAUCGCCUUCGCGCCCGCAAGUACGGAGAGCAGAGUGAGAAGGAGGCGGUGGUACGAGUGA